AUGGUCUGUCUAAACAAGGCCGACAAAGGCACAUUCCGCCACCAAAGCUACAAUCAGAGCCCUCCCGCCCUGGCCGCUCACGCCACCACUCGCCAGGAUUUGAAUGGCAUCGCCAAUCUUCGCCAGUAUGUGGCUGCUGGCCAGAAAGCUUCGGGAGGUGCAACGGCCGGCCUAGCUGGACAGACCGUCUCGAGCGAAAAGCUUCGUCGUCAGUUGCCUGGAGAUUCUGCCCUUGCAACGACCGGCCUGGAGCGCCUUUGGAGCUGGAUUACCUGGAUUCUGUCCGUCUUGAUCGUCUCGUACCUGUUUUCCCGAUUGCGCGCCCCGACGUGCCGGUGUGCCUCCAGUGGAACCCCAUCCAUUCCUGUCCUCAGUGCCAGGACUCAUGAAACCGACCUUCCCCCCAAGCUCGUGAAGCGGUCUUCCUGCGCGACGGGCGGUGUCAACAAGGACGCAUACAACACCGGUCUCCACGCAGCAGCCCUCUUCAUAAUCUGGUUCGUGUCUUCACUGGCGUGUGCCUUUCCCAUCGCCGCCGCCAAGUUCCCUGGUCUCCGUAUCCCGCGCCGCUUCUUCUUUGCCGUCCGCCACUUUGGCACGGGGGUUCUCAUCGCCACGGCACUUGUGCACUUGCUCCCCACGGCAUUUGUAUCCCUUGGAAACCCGUGCCUGGGUACCUUUUGGACAAAGGACUACGAAGCCAUGCCCGGGGCGAUUGCCCUGCUGGCCAUCUUCCUCGUCACCGUUAUUGAAAUGGCGUUUCAUCCUUCAAGGCAUGGCCCUCCCGCGGACAUGGUCGCCCGCAGACAGGCGAAGGACCGCACGGGCGUCGAAAGCGCUGAUCCCGAGGGCCAUUCUCUUGGUGACAUGGGUCCUCUACACGGCCUACCCGGCAGCAUGGCAAGGGGAUUGCCGCAGCUGAACCGCGCUGCUCCCAUGGAUGAGAUUUCCCUACAAGCUCCCGCAGGUGACUCGACUCCUGCCAAGAUCUCGGCUGAGAGCGCCCGGCCGACGCUGGAAGAGCCAACUCUGACUCCCAGUCAAAAGAGGGACAAGGAGCGCUUGCAGUGUAUCUUGCUGGAGAUGGGCAUCUUGUUUCACAGCGUGUUUAUCGGAAUGGCGCUGAGCGUCAGCGUCGGCAACGACUUCAUCGUCCUGCUGAUUGCCAUUGCUUUUCAUCAAACCUUUGAAGGGCUGGCGCUUGGGUCCAGAAUCUCCGUUAUAGCAUGGGGAUCCAGGACGUGGCAGCCUUGGCUGAUGGCUUUCGCAUACGGGUGCACAACACCCCUCGGUCAAGCCAUCGGCCUCGCGACACAUAGCCUCUACAGCCCCGAGUCCGAAAUCGGCCUCGUUCUGGUUGGGGUCAUGAACGCGGUCUCGGCUGGUCUCCUGACUUUUGCUUCCCUGGUUGAGCUGCUAUCAGAGGAUUUCCUCAGCGACGAAAGCUGGCGCCGCCUCCGUGUGAAAGAAGAAGAAGAAGAGAAGAAACAUUCCUUGACUGGUAGAGUUAACAAGCAUCUCUCAAGACCUUUGUGA